AUGGCCUCUUCAGCGCUGUGCAUCUUCUGCAAAAUUCUCAAGGGAGAAAUCCCAUCCUUCAAAUUGUUGGAGACCAAGUUUUCCUACUCGUUCUUGGAUAUCCAGCCAACUGCCGAAGCGCACUGUCUUGUCAUUCCCAAAUGCCAUGGAGCCAAAUUACACAAUAUCCCAGAUGAGUAUUUGGCAGAUAUCCUUCCAAUGGUCAAGAAAUUGACCAAGGUGUUGCAACUCGAUGAGAACAACACCCCGGAGGGCGAGGGUUACAACAUCUUGCAAAACAACGGAAGAAUUGCUCACCAGGAAGUGGACCAUGUCCAUUUCCAUUUGAUCCCCAAGAAGGAUCUGAAGACUGGUCUUGGUGUUGGCUGGCCAGCUCAAGCUACUGACUUCGACAAGUUGGGUAAGUUGCACGCAUCCUUGAAGGCUGAGUUGGAGAAGUUGUAG